GACUUUUUACGAUCGCUGCCAGAAUCUUCGAGAAAUAAAGGUUUGAAAUUCCUUGAUUUGUGAUAUAGUUCGUUAUAUUUCAACAAAAAAUGUUGCGUUUGCCUCGUGUUGUUCGUCAAUCUGUAUCAUUCCACAAAUCUUAUCAACUUGCAAGAUUUUACGCCAAAGAUGUAAGGUUCGGUGCUGAUGUAAGAGCACUAAUGCUUCAGGGAGUAGAUGUCUUAGCGGAUGCAGUCGCUGUUACGAUGGGCCCUAAGGGUAGAAAUGUAAUAUUAGAACAGUCUUGGGGCUCCCCUAAAAUAACAAAAGACGGUGUUACUGUUGCCAAGGGAGUAGAACUCAAAGAUAAGUUCCAGAACAUCGGCGCAAAACUUGUCCAGAAUGUUGCUAAUAAUACAAACGAAGAAGCCGGCGAUGGUACUACCACAGCGACAGUCCUCGCGAGGGCUAUUGCCAAAGAAGGAUUUGAAAAAAUCUCCAAAGGAGCUAACCCUAUCGAAAUCCGAAGAGGUGUGAUGAUGGCAGUAGACGCGGUUAAGGAUAAGUUAAAAAGUAUGUCAAAGCCGGUGACCACUCCAGAAGAGAUCGCACAAGUCGCAACUAUCUCUGCCAACGGUGACACCGCAAUCGGGAAACUAAUUGCAGAUGCCAUGAAGAAGGUUGGUCGGGAUGGAGUUAUAACUGUAAAGGAUGGCAAGACACUCACAGACGAACUUGAAGUCAUUGAAGGUAUGAAAUUCGAUAGAGGUUAUAUUUCACCAUAUUUCAUCAAUUCAUCAAAAGGGGCCAAAGUUGAAUUCCAAGAUGCUUUAGUUUUAUUCUCUGAGAAGAAGAUAAGUAAUGUUCAAACCAUCAUUCCGGCUUUAGAGCUAGCUAAUCAGCAAAGGAAACCUUUGGUCAUUGUUGCUGAAGAUGUUGAUGGUGAAGCACUUUCUACUUUAGUUGUGAAUAGACUUAAAAUUGGUUUGCAAGUAGCUGCUGUUAAGGCGCCAGGCUUUGGUGACAACCGCAAGGCCACCCUGAGUGAUAUGGCCAUUGCCACUGGCGGUGUUGUGUUUGGUGACGAUGCUAAUCUCAUCAAGUUGGAAGAUGUCCAACCAUCAGAUCUGGGUCAGGUAGGUGAAGUUGUUAUAACCAAAGAUGAUACUCUCUUCUUGAAAGGAAAGGGCAAAAAGUCAGAUAUUGACAGACGGGCUGAACAGAUCCGUGACCAGAUACAAGAGACUACUUCUGAAUAUGAAAAAGAGAAACUACAGGAGCGUCUUGCUAGAUUAGCAUCAGGAGUGGCUGUAUUACAUGUCGGUGGAUCCAGUGAAGUAGAAGUCAAUGAGAAAAAAGAUAGGGUAAAUGAUGCUUUAAAUGCAACACGAGCUGCUGUUGAGGAAGGUAUUGUACCCGGUGGAGGCUCAGCACUCCUCCGAUGCAUUCCUGUUCUUGAACAACUUUCAACCACAAACACUGACCAAGCCACUGGAGUAGAAAUCAUCAAGAAGGCUCUUCGAAUGCCUUGCAUGACUAUUGCCCGUAAUGCUGGCAUUGAUGGCUCAGUUGUUGUUGCCAAAGUUGAGGAUCUGGGACCUGAAUUUGGUUAUGAUGCUUUGAACAAUGAAUAUGUCAAUAUGAUCGAAAAGGGUAUUAUUGAUCCAACCAAAGUUGUACGAACAGCUCUUACAGAUGCCAGUGGGGUUGCUUCAUUGUUGACAACAGCAGAGGCUGUGAUAUGUGAAAUUCCUCAGGAGAAGGAGCCUAAUCCUAUGGCUGGCAUGGGUGGAAUGGGAGGCAUGGGUGGUAUGGGCGGUAUGAUGUAAGAUACAAUGAAAGACUAAAUACUGCAUUUAGUGUAAAGAUAAAAGACUUUUAUAAUUGUAGAACAUAGUUACAUCACCUGAUGCUGGUAUAUAUGCUAUAUUUGGAAAUGAUUGUGUUAGAAUUAGUGAAAUGUAUGUCUAUGUAGUUCCGUUAAUUGAUGAGUCUGCUUGUGUUACAAAUGUAGUAGAUUUAUUUAGUUUUAAUGUUUGCAAAUGCAAUCUACUGUUAUUUCUAAUAAUAAAAUAAUGUUUUUCU